AUGGCAUCCGCAAGACCCUCCCACAGACCUUCGAGUCUUCGCUCCACUACCACCUCCGAAGCAGGAUCCAUCGAACCCAUUCAAGAAGAAGUCGUCUCCAACGAUGGCCAGAUCUCUGCAGCAACCAUGCCGACACCAACAGAAUCAUCUCCGCUCCUCCCACCUCACCGACAUCGCUCAUCACACCUUCUUCCGCCACCAUCAUCGUCCAAAUCUAGAUCCAAAACCAUCUGCAACUCCAUCCUCGUCCUCUUGGCCAUCUUCACCUUCGCCAUCACCACAUCCAUCGUCCUCAAAAACCUUCUCGGAGAGUUCGACGACCCACCUUCCUCCACCGAUCCGUCUCUACCCACGAACCCUCCACCAGGCUCCGACCCACGCGGACGACGUCAUCCAGCCGUGCUCGCAACAGGUCGCAAGGCGGGCGUAGCAACCGAGAACGAGCUUUGCAGCAAGAUCGGUAUGGAUGUGCUCUUGGACAAGGGAACGGCUGCAGAUGCUGCUGUAGCUUCGACGUUCUGCGUGGGGGUGCUCAACAUGUUCAGCUCGGGUAUCGGCGGUGGAGGAUUCAUGAUCGUUCGCGAUCCCACUCCUUGUUUCGGCAAAGGGGGCAAGUCCAACUCAGGGUGUGUGGAACAUACCACCAUCGAUUUCAGAGAAACAGCUCCGGCUGCGGCCAACAAGACGAUGUACGUCGGUCGUGUGCCCAAGGCCCAGUUCGGCGGACUGGCCGUAGGCGUUCCUGGUGAACUGCGCGGCUUACAAGAGCUUCACAAGCGAUACGGAAGGCUGUCGUGGAAGAGGUUGGUGGAGCCAUCGGUUGAGCUGGCAAAAUCUGCCAGAGUGAGCAAGGAGCUGGCGAGGAGGUUGGCCUACUUUGGCGGGUUCAUGAAGGAUGAUGCUGUUUGGAGGGACAUCUUCAUCGAUGAAAGCACCGGCGAGGUCAAGAAGGAAGGCGACACAUUCCACCGCACCGCUUAUGCAAAGACGUUGCAGAAGAUCGCGGAUCACGGUCCGGAUGUCUUUUACACGGGCGCAAUCGCGCAAGCUAUGGUCGACACGACGCAGGCGCACGGCGGCAUCCUCACCAUGCAAGAUCUGCACGACUACAAAGUGGUCGUUCGACCCGCUCUCGAAGGUUCAUGGUUGGGCAAGAAGGUUUUCACCACCCACGCUCCCACCUCUGGACCUAUCCUGCUGUCCGUUCUCAACAUCCUCUCCCUCGUCCCCGACUUCACCUCGGUUGGACAGAUCACGUCUCUCAACAUGCACCGAUUCGUCGAAGCGCUCAAAUUCGGAUUCGGUCAACGAACCGAGCUCGCCGAUCCAUCCUUCAUGUCUGGCGCCGACCUCGAUCGCAUCUCCCAAAUCCCGACCCUCUCGGAAGCUCUCUCGAUCGUACCCAACAUCACCGACGACAAGACCCAUCCGCUCGACUACUACCACCCCAAAUUCGACAUUAUUGACGAUCACGGAACCAUGCAUCUCUCCAUCGUCGACCAGAACGGCAUGGCCAUCGCGGUCACCUCCACCGUCAACCUCAUCUUUGGUUCACGCGUCAUGGAUCCUUCCACCGGAAUCAUCCUCAACGACGAGAUGGACGACACCUCCACGCCUGGCGUACCUAACGCCUUCGGUCUCGCGCCUUCUCCCUUCAACUACCCUGAAGCCGGCAAAAGACCGCUCUCGUCGACGUGUCCUACGAUCGUCGAGUCCGCCGAAGGAGAGGUCGAGUUGGUGUUGGGUGGAAGUGGUGGAAGUCGGAUUUUCAGCUCGGUUCUGCAGACGAUCUUCAACUUUUACCUUUGGGGUAUGGACUUGAGUCAGGCGAUCGAGGCUCCGAGGCUGCACCAUCAGCUGCUGCCGACGCAGUUGAGCGUCGAGACUGGCUACAGCGACAAGGUGUUGAGCGGGUUGCUCGGCAGAGGGCACGAGGUGAGCUGGAUCGAUAUUGAUCUGGGGAUUGCAGAGGUGCAGGCAGUCGCGGUGGAGGGUCAGGGCAAGAGGUGGCAGAAGGUUUGGGCUGCGAGUGAUUCCAGGAAAGGUGGUGUGGCUGUGGCCGUGUAG